AAAGCUUCUCUCCUCCCUCUCUCUUUCCUUUCUACUGCUACUAAAUACCAACAAUUUCUGCUCAUCUUUCUUCAUUCUCUCUCUCUUUGAUUCACACUUUUUCCAACUUCAAAACACAAACAAAAGCUUAACUCCAAAAAACAAAGCACCUAAUAAUCAAAUCAAAUUCCUCUCUCGCGCUCAGGUUGUUGGAGAUUCAAUUGCAUUUGCACUGGGAUUGGCAACCACACUAGCAUUAUUGGGUAUUGCGGCUGCAUAUGCUGGAAAGGCAUAUGGCCAAAUAGGACAAGGAUUGCCCGUGGCUGCUUCCUUUUUAGCUAUUGUUAUGGGGCUAAACCUGUUAGAGGGCCAAGCACUUAUCUUUCUGAUUUGUAUUACUACAUUUCUUAUUGAAAGAAGUGUUGCUGGUAUUUUUGAUGUAACAUGUUAUGGCGCUUUUGGAGAUGGAGUGCACGAUGACACUCAAGCAUUCAAACAAGUUUGGAGAGCUGCGUGUAGCGAUGAAAAUCCAUCAAUACUUAUACCAAGUGAAAAAUCAUUUCUAGUAGGGCCUAUAACAUUUCAAGGGCCUUGUAAGUCAGCCAAUAUUCAUCUACAAUUAUUAGGAUCCAUUGUAGCACCCAAGGACCCAGUGGCAUGGACAGGUUGUGAAAAUGUAUGUUGGAUUUAUUUUACAGGAGUUGCUGGUCUUUUUAUCAAUGGUUCUGGUACUAUCAAUGGCAAUGGUCAACGAUGGUGGGAUACUCCUAGCCGUACCAGGGUCAACGGAACUUGCACUAAACCAACGGUUGUUCAAUUUAAUUACUGUAAUGGACUUCGAUUGAAUGGAAUAAAGCUAGUGAAUAGUUCAAGGGACCAUAUAAUUCUUACUUAUAACAAGGGAGUAACGAUCUCAAAUAUUCAUAUAAGUGCACCAAAUUAUAGUCGUAAUACCGAUGGUAUCGAUAUCUUUUUCUCUAGACAAGUUCAAAUUAGAGACUCCAUUAUUCAAACAGGUGAUGACUGCAUUGGCAUCAAUACUGGAUGCUCUGAUAUCAAUAUUACUGGUAUUAGAUGUGGACCAGGUCAUGGUAUAAGUAUUGGAAGUUUAGGUCCAAAUAAUACAUUUGCUAAUGUGGAAAACGUUUAUAUUACGAAUUGCCACUUAGAGGAUACCCAAAAUGGUGUAAGAAUUAAGACAUGGCAGGGUGGUUCAGGAUAUGCUAGAUCUAUACAUUUUGAGAAUAUUAACCUCAAAAAUGUGGAAAACCCAAUCAUUAUUGAUCAAAAUUAUUGCAAUAGUGUCCAUUCAUGUCAACCUCAGGUAAGUGCAGUUAAAGUGAGCAAUGUAACAUACAAGAAAAUAUAUGGAACUACAAGCAGCAAGCUAGCAAUAAAGAUGAAUUGUAGUAAUAGCACAGCUUGCACUAAUGUUGAGUUGGAGAAUAUAUACAUAACUUCAGUUGAGCCUGGAAAAAAGAUUUUUGCUACUUGUAAUAAUGUUAAAGGAAAAGCUUCUUCAAACUCACCUCAUGUAUCUUGUUUGUCACAAUGAUAACUAUAUAGCAAAAUAUUUCUAUAACCAUUUUUUAA